GGGGACGGGACUCGGAGCACGGCCGGAGAUGGGGAGGGGGCUGCAGAGGGACGAAGGCAAAGCAGCGAGCUGGGGGCAGCACAGAGCCGGGGAGCCGCGGGCUGGGCUGGUGCUUCGGAACAAAGUGUUGGUACUGCAGACUGCGGGGCAGAGAUUUCUCAGGAGCAGCAUCCUGCUGGUGGGAUUUGCGCAUGGAAAGUCCUUUGAGGGAGGCAAAAGGAAGGAUUUUAUCCUUGCUGUUUGUGUUUCCAGUGCUGAGGUCUGGAAGUUCCCAGCUCCUCUGCUUGUAGGCUUGUGGUGCCACCAACUGCGCGGCACCAGGCCAUGGGAGGAAACUUUUUGUUGCCUGACUUGAUCUCCUGCUGCUCACAUGGGGGAACAUCUCCAGCAGCUGCUGAGCUCUGCACAGGCUGCUUGCUGCUUUCUGGGUGGCUUCGCUCCCAAGUGCAGCAUUUGCUUCAUUCCCGGUGCCCAAGAGAGAACGAAAAUUCGCUUUUCACAGGUAGGGAUGGGGCGCCAACCAGACCUCAUUGUCCUAGGACAGCUGGUGGAGUAGGUGACCAAAAAGGAGGCUCAGUGAAACCUCCAGCCCCAGCCAACUUGGCAACAGAGCAGAGCUGGGGCCAAACAAUUUGGUGGUGCAAGACAGGGGGCAGCGCUUACCCUACGGGAGUACACUCUGUCUUGGACACCCAAGGGCCCUCCCUCCUGCAGACAUUUUGGGGAUCUCAGCUGAGGAUGUGCUGGGUGAAAUCUGCUGGUGCUGGGCACCUGCGUUGCUCCAAGUUUCUCUUGGCUGCACGUCCAGGAUCCCUGCUGAGGAUGCGCGGCUGUGGGUGGUGGCACGAUGAGGGGCACCCAGGUAAUUCUCGCAGUUGCCUGUAUCUGGUCUUGGCCACUUUGCUCUGCUCCAUCUGAAAAAUAGGCUCAAAGGGGGACUGGAGAGCCACAGAUUUGAAUUAAGGUGCUCCUUAGGCAAAAGGUAUUGGAUUUGGGGGUUCUGCUAGGAUCUGCUUUUCCUAUUACUACCUUGGUGGGUUUUAGUCUGUGUCUGUGCUCAGUUUUUGCUGUGUGACCUUAGAGUCAAAAUUUGUGAAAAUUUUGUGAAAAUUUGGGAAAAUUGCCACAAUGAUUUUCACAAUGGCAAACACAAGGCUAAGUCUGUAGGUAUCUUUACUUGGGCUCUCGUUUGAGCCAAUCUCAAUUUCACUUCUCUGCUUUGGGGACGGGACCCAGCCUGCUCCCCAGAAAUAUCUGCUCUUGUCUUCUGCUGCUCAGGUGCUUCGUUUCGCCCUGGCGGUUAUUGCUUCAGCAUCCUGACAGGAGCCGGUCGUGCCCUCUUGUUUCAUCUGUCUUAUCUGGGAUGUGAAAAUACCUCCUGCUGGGAUUAACUCCUGCAAAAUGCAAAUCAAAUGGUUGUACACAGCCUGGUCAUAAAAGAUUACAGUUGAGCUGCCCUUAAAGAGCAUCUGCUGUAAUUUUACCCUAAGCUUGCGGAAAAUCAGCCGCUUGCUGAGUUGUGGCCACGUCCACGGGUGUCAGUACAGCCACCAACACCAGCCUGUAGCACCGAAGGCAAAAGUUUCCAUGUCUUGUGAUGAGAUUUUUAUUAUCAGAGGGAGCAAAAUGCUGAUGGAUGAUGCCUUGAAAAAUGAUGAUGCCUUUUAAGUGGUCCCAGACCCAGUCCUGUGCAGAAAGACACUGCAGAGGGUUGAAGACACGGGGGAGGUGGGGGUCAAACCAAGCACCAGGUGCCUGGCUGCAUUUUGGGCACACUGGGGUAUUGCUGAUACGGCUGGAAAAAAAUAACGGGGGGUGAAGUGGAUUUUCUGUGCUGUUUACUUAGGUGUGCAAAGAGAUUUUGGAAUCUCCCAGCACUGACGAUGCUGCCCUGGAGCACUUUGAUGGAAGGUGCUGUCGCUGUGCAGGUGAGAGGUGCUUCAGCAGCCUUGAGGCUUUGUCUUCCAAAAGGCUUUUCCCAGCUGUUUAUCAGGUGGGAAAUUAUCUUGGUUCACCCUGGGCCCUUGCGUCUUUGUUUGUGGCUUCCCAUCUACAGCAAAUUGACGCUGGAAGGCAGCUGGGGAUGAGCUGGGGGUUGAGUUGUGCUUUGCUUGGACCCCACUGCAGCUUUUUGGCCUCCCCUAACCCUUACGUGCUGGGGACAUUUAUGAACACCGCACAGCAUUAUAACCAUAAACAUCUUUGUAUCUAAAUGGGAGAAUUGCUCUGGUCUCAAAACAUGCUGCCCAGCAAACCGAAUUUCAUUGUCAUCUCCCGCAGAAAGGGGGAUUGGCAUCCCCCGGCACCAAAAGUAACCGGCCUCUGGGCUGCUCGCUCCAGUUUCUUCUUUCCAAAUUUUUGGAUGUGGAGGUGACGGAGGGGACAGGCAGCAUCUUGGCAAAGACUGGCCAAAAUGGUGAAGAUGCAAGGAUGGUGGAAAGUGGCCUUGAGCGCUGAAGGCUUUUGAACCUCAUUCAUCCUCCAAUUCGGGGGAUGUAGCCUCCCAAAACUGCAUUAAAAGAGUCGGUUGGUGUCCUGUCCUCCCACGAGGAACACACACGGUGCAGCCACGGGGCUGGGUGAGAUUUGUUUCCUCUUUGCUGCUGGAUAUCAGCACGUUAUUACUUUGUUGAAGAUUUAUUAUCGGGCAUUUUUUAAGCUCUGCCUUUACUCACCCUGCAGAUCGGUGUUUUCCAGACUUAAUGCUUUCUCAAGGUGCACGUGGGGUUACAGCACCGCACUGGCACUGCGGUUGGUUUACAGAGUCAUUUAUUUCAAGGAUUAUUGAUUUACCGGGUAUCUCUUGCAGCAGGUGGGGUUUUGUCUGAUAGAGGUUAAACCCCUGUCUUCCUUCCCAAUGCUUGGAGCAAGAUUUCGGCUUCUUCCAGGGAAAAUCGGAGCAAAAAGGGAAAAACGGUGGUACUCAUUUCCCACCUAUCCCACCAACAUUUUGCAUUGCUGCCCUUCAGAGCCUCAGUUGCCCUUUUGCCAACUGAAAAAAUACUCAUCAAGGUAACUGAAAACCCAAUCAAAGCCCCAGAACAUCCAGUAAUUCCCAUUUCCAGUAAUGGGAAAAAACAAACGCUUUGGUUUCACCUGGGACGUGCUGAGGUGGUUACCGCCGUGCCUCUUUUCUGUAGCACCGCAUGACUUCGUGGCCCAAUUUUUCCCUAAUUAAGAGUGUGUUUGGGAGUAAAUGAUACUCCAGAAAUCACGCAGUUUGGAAAUGCAGAAUGUGGGUUGUCACAGCAAGGAAUCGCGUGCGCUGUUUGAUCAGUUGUGUAGUAACUCGGAGGAUGUAAAAGGGUGUAAAGGAAUGUUUCCUCUUGUUUUGUCACCUUCUAAAAUUUUUCCAGCGGAAGAUACACUUAGAGAAAAAUUAAAGCCUUGAUCGACAGCUUGCUUAAAAUCCGAUGGCUGCUUUUUCUUUUACUUCUCUGCUUAAACCACAGGUUUCUCCAUUUUCCAUCACGACAAACGGAGCUUUCUUCAUUACUGCCAGCAUUCGGUGCCACAAGCUAAAUCCUCUUUCAUCUUUAUCUCUUGGCUUCUGCGAUGAGAAGGCUGCGAUGAUGCGCUGGGAGAUGCAGCAAUUAACUCUACUCCAGGAUUUAGCUCUGCCCUCGGUUGAGCGAGAGAUGCUGCGGAAAGGUUGCCAGAGAUGCAGACACAAAUCCUCCAUCCAGGUUUUUGCUGCAUCCCUGCUGCUGAGGGAGAUAUGGAUCAUAACCAGAAUUAUUGCCCGUCCCCGGGAAAGGAGGGGAUGCUGAGAGACGUCGGUUUGCAAGGGAGAUGGAUCUGGGCGCCGGGUUUUUGUGCCGCCUCGGUGCCAUGCGGCGGGUGUCCAAGACGCCCCGGUGAUGCGGGGGGUGCGGGAUUUUUCAGUUCUGGUGCCGAUGCUGCUCUCAUGGUGAGGUCUCUGUGGCGCAAUGGACGAGCGCGCUGGACUUCUAAUCCAGAGGUUCCGGGUUCGAGUCCCGGCAGAGAUGAUCUCCAGGCAGGUGUCUCUUUUAUUUUAUGCAUGUUCCAUCAUAGAUACCAAUCCGUCGCGUUGAUAACACCCCUGAAGGCUUGAGAGGGGAGAUAAUGACUUUUCACGGCACCGUCUCCGCUGCAGAUGCUCCUAACGGGUGUGUGGCACAGAAUGACGGAGUGGUAGGGGUUGGAAGGGACCUUGGAAGAUCAUCCAGCCCAAUCCCCCUGCCAGAGCAGGAGCACCUAGGUCAGGUCACGCAGGAACUCAUCGUAUCGUUGGAUGUCAGCGAGCAGAGCCCACCUCACUCCUCCUCCUACUUAUUCCCCGUGCUAGGAGCACUGGUGUACAGGCACCCCCCAUCUCAGAAAAGCAUCUCCACGCAGGGGACAUCAGGGUUGCCCUCUGCAAGGGGAAGUCGCCAAGCUCCGGACCCCCAGUCUGGGAUGGGGGGGAGCAGAGCCCUGCUCCUCCUGGCUCAAGUCCUCGGCCUUGCUGCCACGGAGAUGGCUCUGCUAACCACGGACCCCCCCUGGAGCACGAUAUUUCGAGGAGAGAGCGUUACCCUGCGGUGCCGGGGCUCCCAGCCCUCGGGGCAGCAGCCCACAACCUGGUACCACAACGACAAGAUCCUGGCGCGCACGGCCACGGACACGUACAGGAUCACAAACGCCAGGCAGAAACAGACGGGCACGUACAAGUGCCAGAGCCCCGGCUCCGUGGCCAGCAACCCCAUCACCUUGAUCGUCUCCUACGAUUGGCUGAUCCUCCAGGUCCCGUCUCACGCGGUGUUCGAGGGCGAGCUGCUGUGCAUGCAGUGCCGGGGCUGGGAGCCGGGGAGCGUGACUUCGGUGCAGUAUUUUAGGGACGGAGCAGACAUCACCACCCGCUACGCCUCGGACAAGCAGCUCUGCAUCCCCCGGGCUGAGACCCAGCAGAGCGGCAGGUAUCGCUGCACGGGCCAGAUGAACUCCUUCUUGUCGGUAAUAAAAAGGGAAUCUCAGGAGUUACAUGUUUGUAUCAGAGAGCUCUUCUCCUCCCCGGUGCUGAGCGUGGCCAGCUCAGCGGAGACCCUUGAGGGGAGCCCCCUCAACCUGAGCUGUGUCACGCACCUCAGCCCCCACAGCCCCCGCACCAUCCUCUGGUACCUCUUCUACCGAAACGGCACGGUCCUUCGAGGCCCCAAAACCUCCUCCAAGUACCACGUGCCGAUGGUGGGGCUGGCGGACACGGGCUCCUACUCCUGUGAGGUGCGGGCGGAGAACUCCAGCAUUUGGAAGCAGAGCGCCCAGGUCCCCAUUGCUGUCAGAAGAGUCCCCAUCUCAGGGGUGUCCCUGGACGUGCAGCCCCACGAGGGGCAGGUGAUGGAGGGGCAGCGCCUGGUGCUGAGCUGCUCGGUGGCUGCAGGCACGGGAUCCAUCUCCUUUUCCUGGCACCGAGAGGGCUCCGCAGAGGUUUUGGGAAGGGGCACCCGUUACGAGAUCCCGUCAGCCCAGCGAGACGACGAUGGGCACUAUUACUGCGUGGCCUCCAACGGGGGUGUCCCAGCCCAGAGCCCGCGGCUGCGGGUCACGGUUGUGGGUGUCUCCUCGCUCUUCUACUGCCAUAUCAGAGCACCGCUGCUGCUGGCAGCCUUGGGGUCCCUGCUGUCCGGGCUGCUUGCUGUCCACGUCCUCAUGAGCAAAGACCCGAAAGGAGCGAAGCAGUGAGUGGGACCCCCCACGAGACCACCUGCAUAUGUAUGGGAUGCACACCAGGAAAGAAUCCUUGUGGGGCACCUCCAACCCACAAGGGCACCAUGGAAAUUGGGCAAACGAGCGUCCCCACGGCCCUUCUCAAUGUGUAUUGACAGAGGUGCUUCUGGUUUCCUGCACGUGCUGCCCAAUAAAGCACUUCUGAGCGUGGAGA